AUGGACCAAUCUCAACGUCCCAAGCGGACCAGCAAUGCCUGUCAACGCUGUCGCUCCCGCAAGGUCAAGUGCUCGGGCACCCAUCCCUGCGACAAGUGCUGCCAGCGUCGUGAGCACUGUGUUUUUGAAGACGACCGGAAGAUUGUGGUCUCCGAAGAGCUAUUCUUGUCCCUGAAACGCAAGGUCGAGGCCCUGGAGGGGGUCAGCGCUUCCCCCGCAGUCAAACGACGGCGGGCCUUGACCGCGGACAGUGCCGAGGAGUCCAGCUAUGACCCAGCAGACCAAGCCUCGGAGUUGCCCCGAGAGACCACCCUCGACCUAGCCGAGAGCAAUCGGUAUGAUGACCGAUUCACAUCCAAUCCAUUGGUGUCGCCAUCCACCUAUCUCAAGCACACCGGACAACGACAGCGAAUAUGGCUGUUCCUGGGACCAACAUCGACUUGGUCCUUUAGCCGUCGGGUUCUCAACAUCGUCCAGGCACAUAUAUCGCCGGACAGCUCACGUCCGAUUCCGCUCGCGGUCGACGGCGAUGCAUAUCAGAUCCAGUGGCGCCAUGCCAGUUCCGAGGAAUCGCCCGACAUUAGCGGACUGCCAUCGCUAGAGCACGCGCUCUACAUGGUAAGCACCGUGCAGUUCCACUUCAGCCAGCUGUACCGUCUGUUCGACGAGGACGAAUUUAUCCGACAUCUCCAUGAGUUUUACGACGAUGCGGAAACCAAGGUGCAGGAAUCGCGCCUGUGGUAUGUGCAGUUUCUCGUGAUCCUGGCGUUCGGGGAGGCCUUCUUGGACCCGGGGCGGGACCACGCCAACACGGCGAGUUGGACCAAAUAUUUCUCGCGAGCCAUGUCGCUGCUUCCGGAUAUCACCGGGCUCUGGCAGGAGCCUACCCUAGCCAUCGAGGUGUUGGCUCUCAUUGCGUUGUAUUUUCACUCGGUGGACAUGCGAGAUACGGCCUACUGUUAUAUCGGGCAUGCGAUGCGCAUGGCAUUGGUGGAAGGCUUCCACCGGGCCCUCCCCGUGGACCAGCUCGGACGGAGAUUGGUUGACCGCUGCAGCAACAUUUGGUGGACGGUGUACAUCCUCGAUCGCAAGUUCUCCUCGCUGAUCGGAUCCCCAAAUUCGGUUCGAGAUGACGAGAUCACCACGUUGCUCUGGGACCCGCGCACCUGCUCUCGAAACGAGGCUGCGUUGAGUCUCCACGUCAAGAUCACGCAGGUUAUUUCCCGCGUGCUCAACACGGUAUACAGUGCCGAUGGUACGCUGGGCGGAGUGUUCCUUCGCAAAGUGCGAUCGGUUCUGCAUGAGAUGACCAGUCUGUCGCGAGAGUUGGAUGUUGUCUUUUCCCACCGCUUUGCAAACUCGGUCGACGCGCUUUCCGGGGUUACCACUCGCUUGACCCUCUCCUGCCAUCUGUGCAUUAUUGUCACCACCAGACCUCUUGUUCUGAGCCUGUUAUGGGAACGACUGAGUUGCUUCGAGGCAGGCACCGAGUUCCGCACUCUCUCCCCGCCCGUCCAGGCUUUACUCCAGGCGUGCAUUGAUUCCGCCGUCAAAUCCCUGCGCAUCUUGACCGCACUGCGCGACCAAACCCUACUCGAAACCUUCCUGCCCUUCGACCUAGAGAACCUCUUCUCCUCCUUCUUCGUCCUCUCCCUCAUCUCCGCCAUUCUGCCGGACGCCCUGACGGACCCCAGCUACCGCGAGAUGGGCUACAGCCUCCUGGAUGCCAUGAUUGACCGCGGGAAUCGAGUCGCGCAGCUGCGCAAGUCCGAGAUCGAGCUGUUGGAAGAACUGAUCCAGCCAUUAGUCCAGCGCCAGAGCCGACCCACCGAGGGCGGAAAUUAUGCACGCCCGCAACUGGCCACACCCACCAGCCAGGAGCACCUCUCCGAGCCGGGACACCAAUCGGGGUCAGAAAUGCCGGGGGCAAUAGGGGCUGCGGCCCUUCCGCCCCCACACGAGAUCGCGGAGCCCGACGACGAGCUGCCGUUGGAUUGGCGGGGAUUUGGACUCUCGUUGGAUUGUAUGCUGUCGGCGGCGGAUCAACUGAGCACGAAUAAUUUGGUGCUGGAUGCGGAACGCGAGGGGUUGCAGACGGAUCUGUGGUUGUGGGAGAGUAAUGCCUAA